UUUUAAUAAGAUCCAUGUUUAUUUGGAUAUUUUCGUGUUAAGUCAAUGUUAAGCAAAGGAAAUUUGCAAACAUUUGGGUAGCCGCAACAGAGUCCGAGGUCCCACGGUGUGCGCCAAGAUACCUAUGCGGCGGCGCGGGGGGUGCCGGCGCGGGGCGGGGAGGGGGGCCCGCGGUCUCGCCCGGCUCCUCAUCGCCAGUUGCGCCGCAGCGUUUGCCGCGCGCUCACGUUUGCUAGCGCCCGCGAUUGUGCACGAUCACCCACACAUGACCUAGACACCGAAACUUUAAAACUAAAUUAUCUAAAAACUAUUCCAAUCAUUAUGGAAACUAAAUAGUGUUGACAAAAUAAACAAUUGAAUAGUGCUGUGUAAUUUGAACUUGGAUCGUUCGUCGAGUGUUCGGGUGUGUUCGGGUCUCAUCGUAUAAGUUCGGACGACGUCGGGUGCAGUCGGACGGAGCCGAACGGAGUGGAGUGGAGGUGUAAGAUGGAAGAUAAUGCUGACAGGCAGUGUAAAUAUAGAACCUCCCUCCCAGUGGCUCAAUUUAGCCGCGGCGACUUCUCCCUCUGGUCUGUAUUGAAGAACUGCGUCGGUAAGGAGCUGUCGAAGAUCACGAUGCCGGUGGUGUUCAACGAGCCGCUGUCGUUCCUACAGCGGAUGCUGGAGUACCUGGAGUACGCGCACCUGCUGCGCAUGGCCUCGGAGCAGACCGACCCUGUGGCCAGGAUGGAGUAUAUCGCUGCAUUUGCUGUCAGCGCACUAGCAUCGAACUGGGAGCGCCUGGGCAAGCCAUUCAACCCCCUGCUGGGAGAAACAUAUGAACUCGAACGUCCUGAAUUCAGAGCUGUUUGUGAACAGGUGUCCCACCACCCCCCGGUGUCAGCCUUCCACGCGGACAGCCCUCACUUCGUGUUCCACGGCUCCGUGCAUCCCAAGCUCAAGUUCUGCGGCAAGAGCGUCGAGAUACAGCCCAAGGGACACGUCACUGUGGAGUUGCCAAGGUGGGGUGAAGCCUACACUUGGAGUAACGUGAACUGCUGCGUCCACAAUGUGAUCGUGGGCAAGCUGUGGAUCGAGCAGUUUGGAGCCAUGGAGGUGACAUGCCACGGCGGUGCCGGCCUGAAGGCCAACCUCGUGUUCAAGCCGGCUGGCUUCAAUAACAGGGACCUGCAUCGAGUUGAUGGCUUCAUUGUUGAUGCUAAUAAGAAACGCAUCAAGUUCCUGUACGGCAAGUGGACGGAGUACAUCAAGUGCUGCAGCGCGGCGGCCUACGAGCAGUGGGCGAAGGAGAAGGGUGACGAGGCGUCCUCGCAGACACCCUCGCACACGCCCAAGAAGAUGCUCGCCAAGCUCAACAGCUUCAAAGUUGGGGCGCUGCGCUCCAUGUCUAUACAGGAUUCAGACGAUGCUGAGAACUCGGAAGACGUGCCGAAGUCGGACGACACGAACAACAUCGACAUCGCCGGCUCCGUCACGUUGUGGGAGGCCAGGCCAAGACCAGCCACCAGCGCACAGUAUUACCAGUUCACGGAAUUCGCGAUGUCCCUGAACGAAUUGGAGCGUGACAUGAAGGGGCAGCUGUGUCCCACGGACAGCCGGCUGCGGCCCGACAUCCGGCUGCUGGAGCAGGGCGAGAUCGACGCAGCAGCCGCCGAGAAGACCCGCCUCGAGGAGAAGCAGAGGACCGCCAGGAAACUACUCAAGAAGUCACCUGAGGCUUGGCAGCCGAGGUGGUUCAGCCAAGGCACAAACCCCUACACUAAACAGGAGGACUGGCUCUACAACGGCGGCUACUGGGACCGCAACUACCAACACUUGAAAGACGUCGAUAUAUUUUAAACCUUAACAGCGUACAAAUACGACUUGAAUUACUAUAAAUUUUGUUUUUGCUACAUUACAGACUAAGCUAUUGAUAUUUUUGUGCCAAAUGAUAUUAUUUACUAGUUGAGUUAAUGAUACAAUUUUUUUUUAGUUUUUUAUUAUACUAUGAUAAUGUGUCGUUCUAAAAUUUAAUUGAUACAAUAUGUUGGAAAGGAAAGGGGCACAAUAAUUGAAAUUGAAGUUUUGUAGGUAUGUGUGUAGUACCAAAGAGUAUUUAACAGAUAUAGUUAAGGGCCAUUAAAAUCUCCCUGAAGUACGUAUUAAUAUUUCUGAGUGUUGCAUUUAAUGAAGUAGGUACGUGACAAGUGGAGUGAAUAAUUUGAAAUUAUUGUGGUGGAGUGGAUUUAAUGAAAAAUAAAUAAAAAAGUAAAUGAUAUAUUUGGCAAAGUAAAGUAAAAUAAGUUGAGAUUUACCUUAGAACCUUAUGGUGAGAUUAUUAAAAAAAAAAUACUAUUAUUUAUUUUGUAGUUAUUAUGCAAUUGUACAUUAUUUUAGUUCCGCUACAAUGCAUUUAUUUUCAUUAUUGCUAAACUCUCAUUUAUUCUAUCGGGUUUUAAUCUUUUUUUUCUGUUUUUUUGGCACUGUUCUACUUACCUCUGAGCUAUGGCCUCAAAAACUGUAAAUAAGCAAAUUGAAAAUAAAAAAAAAGAUUAAAAUGUGUAUUUAAAAAGUGAAUAUAAAAUAUUAUAUAGUAGUGGACCAGAUGAAAUGGAAUUAUAACGAAAGAUAAAUAUUUUCAUCGCGAUUUGUGUAAAAUACGACGGUUACGACUAUUGUGGCGAAGAUUAUGACGAAAAUAAAUGUGACUGAGUUUAUGAAGAUCAUCAGUCGAAGUAGCAGGAUCUCUUAGAGAAAGACAAUUGGUAUGGCGAAGCGACACGGUGCAAAGCAAUGCCCAUAGCUGCAUCUCGCUUACACUAAAGUACAAAUUUAGUGAUUUACUUUUUUCCGGGAUUGAACAGCUAAUGUCUUCAAACCACAUGGUAGGUAUAUCGUCAUUUGAUCUUUUGCUCCUGCUAGUAUAGUCCUUCGCAAAGAGACUUUAUCUCGAAAGAAGAGCUUGCUAGCUUUAGCUCGAAGAGCACAUCUCACAACGGCACAACGCAUAAGAAUGCUGAAACUGCAAUGAAAGACAUAAAUUAGAGUCAUAACCUUUGCCUAAAAAGUCAAAAAUCUAAAUUACAUUCAUGAAUAUAAUUAGAAAUUAAGAUUGUUUAAGUGUGCUUACGAUGUGUAAGGUAGUGUUAAGAUUGAAAACGUGUACUUAAUGUAAUUCUUGUAUAUUAAUUUAUCGCUUAAUGUUAAAUAUUUUAUUUAAAUGAAUAUUGU